CUUAUUUAAACAAUAAUGGAAGAACAUAAAUUCCGUGAAAUGCAAGAACCAGAGUUAGGCAUGAUGGCGAAUUUUGGUGGGACGACGACAGCUGCAAUUGGAGGGCUAAGCAGCCGCCAAUUGUCUCUUCCCCUCGACCAGAACCACCGUCAGUUGAAGGCUGAGAUAGCCACACAUCCGCUCUACGACCAGCUUUUAACUGCACACGUCUCUUGUCUCCGUGUUGCUACCACGAUCGAACAGUUGCCUUUGAUCGAUGCACAGUUAGCACAGCCUCAUAAUGUUCUUAGGUCCUAUGCUUCACAGCAUCCCCAACAUGGCCACUCCCUUUCACCCCAUCACAGACAAGACCUCGACAACUUCUUGGCACAAUAUUUGAUAAUGCUGUGUAGGUUCAAAGAAGAGCUUCAACAACAUGUGAGAGUCGAUGCCGUUGAAGCUGUCAUGGCUUGCCGUGAAAUCGAAAAUAACUUACAUGCUCUCACUGGAGUAACCUUGGGUGAAAGUACGGGUGCAACAAUGUCGGAUGAUGAGGAUGAGCUGCAAAUGGACUUUCCUUUGGAUAAUUCUGGUGUUGAAGCAAAUGAUUUAAUGGGUUUUGGUCCCCUUCUUCCUACUGAAUCCGAAAGAACUUUGAUGGAAAGAGUUCGUAAAGAGCUUAAGAUUGAACUAAAACAGGGUUACAAAUCAAAGAUUGAAGAUGUGAGGGAGGAAAUUUUACGAAAAAGAAGGGCUGGUAAAUUGCCGGGUGACACAACUUCAGUGCUCAAAAACUGGUGGCAGCAACACUCUAAGUGGCCGUACCCCACUGAAGACGACAAAGCAAAACUCGUGGAGGAGACGGGAUUGCAGCUAAAGCAAAUCAACAACUGGUUCAUCAACCAAAGGAAACGAAACUGGCAUACCAAUUAUCAAUCCGCAACCUCCUUAAAGUCCAAGAGGAAAAGAUAGGCACAAUAAAUUUUAUAAACAUGCUAAUGAAAAACAAAAAUACAGCUGAGCUGAGGUGGUUGUAAUAGAUUCAGGUUUUCUAACAAAGUUUUCCCUGUCAGAA